UGAGGAUAGAAGGCCAGUUCAUGACUUCAAGCAAAGGUGUCUGACAUCAAACAGGAACGGAAGCUAAAAUGGGCACCACAGUGAUUCAGCAAAUCGGCUUCAUUCUGGGUGUGUUGGGCCAGUUUUUCGUAUCUGCUGCUACAGCCAUGGAUAUGUGGGGUUUACAGGACCGGUCCUUCUCAGUCAUAACAAGUGUUUACACUUACUCUGGACUCUGGAAAUCAUGUGUAGAAAACUCAUCUGGAAUGACCCAAUGCAGGCCUUAUUUUACCAUACUAGGGCUGCCAGUUAUGCUCCAAGCUGUGCGGGCACUGAUGAUAGUUGGGAUAGUUCUGGGAGCCAUCGGCUGUCUGAUUGCCAUCUUUGCCCUCAAGAGUCUGAAGAUGGGAAAUAUGGAGGACAAUGUCAAGGCUACCAUGACACUGACCUCUGGGGUCAUGUUUCUGCUUGCAGGUGUCUGUGGCAUUGCUGGAGUGUCUGUCUUUGCCAACCUAAUCGUGUCCAGCUUCCGGUUCACCACCUAUGCAGACAGUGGAUAUGGAGGAGGAGUACUGGGAGGACUUGGAGGAUCUCUCACUCCCAGGUACACCUUUGGCACCGCCCUCUUUGUGGGGUGGAUAGGCGGGGCUGUGUUGGUCAUAGGAGGAGUUAUGAUGUGUAUUGCCUUCAGAGGGAUGAUUCCAUCAAAGGAGAAGCGACAAGGUUAUGGGGUGGCCUACAAAGCUGCGUCCCAACACACAACAGUGUUCAAGGAUGACGCGAAACCCAGACUCGCCUAUGACGAGUCUUUCAGAGCCCAGAUUAUGAAUGGAAGACACUCCAACCAGCAAUAUGUGUGAAGAAUAUAAUAUUAUGUACUAGUUAGAGGUUUUCUGAAACUAAACAAUACUAUUUUGAUAUUUCAAUGACAAUCCCGUGCAGCUCUAAGGGGCUUAGAAGAUUGCAUAGAGGGUUGCUAUGAAGGAAAACCUUUUUCAGGUUUGAUUAGUUAUUUUUGUACUUAUUAUUUUUGGAUCUCUCUUAUAUUUUGGGCUCCCGAGUGGCGCAGUGGUCUAAGGCACUGCAACUGAGUGCUAGAGGCGUCACUACAGGCCCUGGUUCGAUUCCAGGCUGUAUCACAACCAGCCAUGAUUGGGAGUCCCACAGAGCAGCGCACAAUUGGCCCAGCGUCGUCCAGGAUAGGGUUUGGCCAUCAUUGUAAAUAAGAAUUUGUUCUUAACAGACUUGCCUAGUCAAUAUAAAUAUAUUCUGUGUUUUGGGAUUUGUUAUUCUGCAUUUAAGGGGACAAUAUUGUAAUUUUCUAAUGCAUAUUAAAAGUAAACAGAAUUUCAAAAUA